AAUAGGUUGACGUUGCUUCUUGCAAGUGGGGUGCCAUGCUGCGUCGCAAUGCCCGACUUCGCAAGGAGUAUUUGUACAAAAAGGCUUUGGAAGAUAGAGAAGCCACAACAUUUGAUAAGAAGAGGAAGCUCCAGGAGGCCUUGGACAAGAAUAAAGCCAUUCCAACAGAGUUGAAAGGCGAGGACAAGAAGUUGCGAAAGACCUUGGAUUUAGCAGACGACCGGACCAAAGAGCAGAGAAAGGCCAUUGAUGAUGAGUACGCUUUUCUCGGCGUGAAGGAUCCCAAAGUGCUCCUGACCACCUCACGAGACCCAUCAUCUCGCCUCAGUCAGUUCUUGAAAGAACUCAGAAUGUUGUUUCCCGGUGCCCAGCGGAUGAAUAGAGGUGGCUACGUGGUGAAGGAUUUGAUGCAGCUGGCAAGGUCACAUGAAAUGACAGAUGUCAUCAUUGUCCACGAGCACAGGGGGGAACCAGAUGGCAUGGUCGUGUGCCACCUGCCAUUUGGCCCCACGGCAUACUUUGGCUUGUCCAAUGUCGUGUUGCGGCAUGACCUAGCGGAAAAGCCUCCAACUAUGUCGGAGGCAAACCCACAUUUGAUUUUCCACGGGUUUACAGCCAAGACCGGCUUAAGACUCAAGACGAUCCUCCAGGCCCUUUUUCCUCCUGCUAAGCAAGCAGGUGAUCGGGUGAUGACCUUUGCAAACCGUUGGCAACGAAUGGCAACGUGCAUGGUGUUUGCACGGUGUCUUUGCGAUGGUGCUCUGUAGAAUGCGCCAGGCUAACCAUGUAACACUGACCGAGAAUGGUCCUCGAUUUGCCAUGAGGCUUUUUCGCUUGGAGCUUGGGGCAAUUGACAUGAAGGACGUAGAGGUUGAAUGGGUGCUGCGACCCUAUUUCAACCGUCAAAAAGAAGCGUUGGCGCUUCCAGAGGAGGAUGACGAGGGAUGAGAUCAGUGGCAUUGCUUCGAACAAUACCACAAGACGAAAAACAAUCGCGACAUCCAGUAGCUCACUACCAAUCGAUUUAAUACAGUUGUUGCAAUUUGCUGUCAAUUUGGAGCUGCGUGAUGCCUGAAGACGACAGAAUGGGAGGCCGUGGCAGAGCAGUUUUUGGAUACUGC